AUGCUGCGCGACUGGUGCAAGAACAAGCACGUCACCUUUGAGAGCAUGACACCCGAUGAAAUGAGACUGGCGUGUCACCGCGCCUGGAACACCAAGAUCGAGGAGUGGAAGCGCGUAAAGGAUCCGCCGCUGUGCCUGGGGUGGGAGGAUGAACGGGACUGUGCAUCCAUCGUUGCUGACCCGGCAGCUCUUGACAAGUUAGACAGGCCCUUGCUUGUUGUGGAUUUGCAGUAA